UUUUUUUGGGGGCGCCUGGGGAGCUAUAAAUACUCUGUUUCCCUCAUUUAUUCUCCAAAAACAAAUUCCAAAUGCACUAAGAGCCGGAAUCGGAGAAGAAAGAGAGAAAGUGGGGAUUCGUCUCUCUGUACUCACUUUUCCUGCCUCUACCGUCCUCUGCUUUCUCUCUUUCAUUUCUUACUAUUUUUUUUACAACUAUGGUUUUCUGGGUUUUUGGUUACGGGUCACUGGUCUGGAACCCGGGGUUUGAGUAUGAUGAGAAAGUCAUAGGCUUCAUCAAGGAUUACAAGCGUGCUUUUGACCUUGCAUGCAUUGAUCAUAGAGGUACACCAGAAAGUCCUGCAAGGACUUGCACCUUGGAACACAUUGAAGGAGCCGUAUGCUGGGGUGCUGCUUAUUGUGUUCGGGGCAGUUCUGAAAGGGAAAGAGCAGCAAUGGAGUACUUGGAGCGGAGAGAAUGUGAAUAUGAUCAAAAGAAUCUAGUGGAGUUCUACAAGGAAGCAGAUCCCCUGCAGCCUUUUCUAACCGGAGUUAUUGUUUUCACAUCUACUCCAGACAAAGUUUCAAACAAGUAUUAUUUGGGGCCUGCUCCCUUGGAGGAAAUGGCUAUGCAAAUCGCAACCGCUGUUGGACCCUGUGGAAACAAUAGAGAUUAUCUUUUCCUGCUGGAGAAGGCCUUGUUUGACAUAGGUCAUGAGGAGGACAUGGUUAUAGAGCUGGCAAAUGAAGUAAGGAAGGUGCUUGCAACAUUGGGGAAUGGGGUUUCCAAGGAGAAGCAGUUAGUAGGAUCUCCUCUGAAGAUGCCACUAAAAUCCCAAACCCAGACCUACAUCCCUACAAGUCAAUUGCUUCUGCUUCCCAAAGCUGUUGCAAUGGACUCCUAGCUUUUCAAAGAACUCUCUAGUCUCUAACAGAAGAGAAGGAGGCAUUUCAAAUUCGUUUAGAGGUCAUCAAAUGGGAAUCGCAGGAAAGCAAGUGAUAAGAUGAUAGAGAAGUUAUGAUAGUGUUGAUACCUAAAUUCUGAUAUUCUAUUGAAGAUUUAAAGGCAUUAUGAUUAGUCCAUUCAGUUCAAGUCUCGUCCAAACAAAUUAAAUAUUUUCUCUAUAUGGGUAUUCCUUGCCCCACAGUCCUCUCAAAGUUAUCACUUGCUAGCGUUAUCUAAAAGCAUGAGGUGCCACAGAUAAUGAUAUUCUGAUUAAGUACGAGUUUAAUGGGCAACAUACCUGCGGUUGAAAAAGUGUAUAUUAAUAUACAUUUAAAUAAUAUUUAAGGUAGUUAAUAUUAUUAUAUUUUAAUAAGUUAUCACUUUGAGCUGUUUAUAUCAUGCAUGUCUUUUGUGGUGGCGCAUAAAUGUAUUUUGAAAAUGAUGUGUACAAAGAACUUUUGUUUAUUAAGACUAUUUUGACAAGA